CCCCACAUUAAUUUCUCCGGCGACCAUCUCUCCCCUCCCAAAACGUCGCCGUUUUCGCCUCGUCUCAAAACCACCGUCCCUGCCCAUGGCCGAAACGACGUCGCUCCACGGCCCGCCGCGAGAGCCCAGCAGCAAGCUGUGGAAAGGGGUUUUCGCCGUCACCGGAAUCAUGACCACGCUCGUCACCUACGGCGUUCUACAGGAGAAGAUCAUGAGAGUGCCUUAUGGGGAAGACCACGCCUUUUUCAAGUACUCGCUGUUUCUGGUUUUCUGCAACCGAAUCAUGACGUCGGCGGUCUCCGCCGGAGCUUUGAUUUCGAGUAAAAAGGACUUGAAUCCGGUGGCUCCGAUUUACAAAUACGGCCUUGUGUCUGUUACCAAUAUACUAACCACUACUUGUCAGUAUGAGGCACUCAAGUAUGUGAGCUUUCCUGUUCAAACACUUGCCAAGUGUGCCAAGAUGAUUCCUGUUAUGAUUUGGGGUACUAUCAUUAUGCAAAAGAAAUACAAGGGACGCGACUAUUUACUUGCUUUUCUAGUUACAGUUGGCUGUUCAAUAUUUAUACUAUAUCCGGCAGGGUCUGACUUGGGUCCAAAUGAUGCAUUCGGUAGAGCAAGAGAAAAUACUAUAUGGGGCGUCUCUCUUAUGAUCGGUUAUCUUGGGUUUGAUGGCUUUACAAGCACAUUCCAAGACAAACUUUUCAAAGGUUAUGAUAUGGAGAUACAUAAUCAAAUAUUCUACACAACGUUCUGUUCUUGUGUUCUUAGUUUGACUGGUCUUAUAUUACAAGCACAACUGCUUCCAGCAAUACAAUUUGUUGCUAGCCACAAUGAUUGUUUCUUUGACAUCGCACUGCUUUCCACUGUAGCAACAGCAAGCCAAUUUUUCAUUUCUUACACAAUUCGCACAUUUGGUGCGCUAACAUUUGCAACUAUAAUGACCACAAGACAGUUGGUCAGCAUUAUGCUAUCAUGUGUGUGGUUUCAUCACCCGCUUAGCUUGGAACAGUGCAUUGGAGCUGUGAUUGUCUUUGGUUCCCUAUAUGCAAAAACAUUUAUGAGAAAUGCAACUCCGAAGCUGUCCCCAUCUGACAAUGAGCAGAAUGGAGCGUCUAGCCCAGUGAAGGGGAUCCCUUGAUGAUGUAUGGAGCGUCUAGCCCAGUGAAGGGGAUCCCUUGAUGAUGUACUGGUUUGACAGUCCGUUAACUUUGAUAUGUUGUAUUGGUACUGCCUCCAACUUUGAUCAGUGGACAGCUUUGGUUUUACAAGUACAGAGCUGCACCUAUGAACAACCCUUGCCCUUGGAUGUGGGGUAUCUGAUCUAAAUGGAGUCUCAACUACACUGCAUGCAAAUGAAUCCUUUGAAACAAGCUAGACACCAAAGUUCUUGAAGACCCUCAUUUCCAUAGGGAUGAUUGAUUAUAGACUAACUAAAGGAACAAAAGGGCAUUUAGUGUUUUAUCUUACUAUGAACUUGGAAUACACGACUAAAGAUUGUAAAAUGGUACUGCAACAUUUUAUUAGAGAAAUGGAAGAAAUAGAUUU